AUGGAGCAGGAGCUAGUGAGCUAUGCGGGCGUAGCGUGGCGGGGCCGCGUCGUGGCGGACUAUGGCCGCGAGACGGCAGCGCUCGCGCCGGCUGUCACGGAGGCGAUUAAAGACCUUUCUCCUUUCGCCACUCAGCUGUCGCUCCGGAGUCGCACUCUUCCGUUUAAGACUCUUUCCCCUUCCCUUUCCCCCCCUCCGUCUCCCCCUGCCCUCUCCCCUCCUUCCCCCUCCUUUCAACCUUCCGUCUCCCUUCCCGCCCCACUCCCUCUUACCUCCCCGCAACUCAACCCCCGACCCUUCCCCCGUUUCCCCUCCCUUCCCCGCAACCCCCCGUCGCAGGGCUGCGGGCGGGUAUUCGCGCUCAUCCAGCGCGCGCGCGACGAGCCUUUUGACUCCGCCGCUGCCUCGGUGACGGCGGAAGCGCAGCGUGCGAGCGGCGCCAACGGCGCGAGCGCCGUGGGUGGCGCAAAUGGCGCGGGCGAACCGUCUGAGCGCGCCGCCAGCGGAGCGGCCGAAUCGCAGCGCGGGAGUGACUGUAACGGGGCGGUCUUUUUUCUGAUUGGCUACGAGCCGCUGAGUAAAGACCAAGCGCGCGCGCUUCUCGGGCGGAUCCGAUGCGCGUUUCAAGACGCCGUGAUUGCCGCUGGCAAAGCUGCUGCUCUUAACGAAGCACGCGCGGGGGGAGGCGCGGGGGGAAGGGGUGGGGAAAAAGGGGAGGGAGGGGAAGCUGACGCGGACGCGCAGCUGUUGGCGCUGAAGCGGGAGAUAGAGGAGGCGCAGGCGCAGCUGGAGAGGCUGCAACGGGGGGAGGUGGCAUCUGCUUCGCAGGGCGAAACGAAGGAUGGCGAGCCGCAUCAGGGCGAAGCGCAUCAGGGUAGCAUUUCCCAGCCACGACAAGAGUCGGAAUUGCAGCAGCAGCAGCAGCAGCAGGAGGGGGAGGUGGGAACUGAGGGGCUGCGCUUGGCUGGCAGAUCUUUGUCUGUAUCCAUCUCCCUGGACCAAUACGACGAGAGCACUGACGUCAGCAAGCACCUGCAGUCGUGGCACAAGGAGAGUGCAGCUUUUCACGCAACCGCUGAUGCGUCACCACGUGCUCAUGCUGACGUGGCAGCAGCUGCCAGUGAUCAAGUGCCAGCUGGCAGUAUCGUCCCAGCCUUCCGAGACGCUAACGCUGUUGUGCCGAAGCAGAAUCUGCCUGGAAGCUUCACUCCCACUUUAAACCACCCUCCGUGGGGUGUAAUUAGCACUCCUGCAGCAGCAGCAGUAGUUAAUCCCCCAUCGCUCCACAGUGGUAUUGAGUUGUAUCAGAGUUACACAAACGGGGAUACUGCAACCACCACAGGAACUGGCAUCAUGGCUGACGUGGCCGCCACGUCAGCAGCGGGCCGUGCUACAGCUGGCUACGACGAUUCUGCUGAGCUCAGCAACAGGCGGCCGCCGAGCUUCUCGCUGGAAGAACCAGGAGACGAAAAGGAGGCGGCGCAAAAAACUGAUUUCCGGGCGGCAGAAACCGUCUUCAGCGCACAACAGACAAAUGUUUUUGAGGCAGCAGAAGGAAUGAGUUUUCCUGCCAUGGUUGGUUUUGAGUCGACUCCAACUCAGCCGGGAAGCGGAGGAGGAAAGGGGGGGGCUAUAGCAAAUGGGGGAGGCGGUGGAGAAACUCUUGACCUGGAGGAGCUCUGCAGGGAUUCAGGAGAUUUUUCAGGUGGAUUUUCAGGUGAAUUUCCGCGCGAUUCUUCACAGGGGAGUUCCCAGGGGAGUUCCCGAGGUAAGAAAGGGUUGGCUUCUCUGUUCAGGUUCAAGACUGCCACGUCAGCAUCUGCUGGUAGGUCACCCAAGGGGGGUUGGGCAGGGCUAGGAGGAGAGAAGGUAAAGACUCCAAAAGGGGAGGAGGGAGAGGCAGAGUGUGACAAUAACGAGAGUGGUGGUAAAGAAGGUGAUUCUAGUGGAAGGAGGCUGACGAUAUGGGGUAAGGGGAGUAGCAAGGAUGGGAGUGGGAAGGAGAAAGGUGGGAAGAAGGGAAGUGGGAAGGAGAGGAGUGGGAAAAAGGGUGUUCGCUGCAACAGCAGCAGCAAUCUCGCUGCACAGGGCACUGAGAGUGACGUACUCGCUAUAGACAGCUCCAUGAGCAAUAUAAGCAGCCCGUUAACAGGAACGCCUAAUUCUGGCACUCCCCUUGCCGGCACCCCACAGGCCGGCACCCCUCAGGCCGGCACGCCCAAGUCGCUCACUCCCCGCUCUGCCACGCUGCCUUCGUUCCAACUGCCCGUGGAUAGCAGUCCCCGGCACCCCGUCAGCAGCCCCAAAAUCCACGUCAGCAGCCCCAAGUUCCACGUCAGCAGUCCCAGGCACGGGAUCAGCGUCAGCGGUGGGAGAGCGAACGGCAGGGCAAGAGCACCAGCGGCAGCGGCAGCGGCGGCAGUGGCGGGAGCAACGGUGGCUUAUAACGAGCCGCGCUCUAACGAGGAUGACUCGGAGCAGCUCUCGUUAAGCCGGGCCGGUAGCAGUGUUGGGGGCGCGGUGGUGAGUGGUAAGCAGGGGCGCAGCGGGGUUGAGAGUGGUGGUAGCAGUGGCGGCGGCAGCAGCAGAGAGAGCAGCCCGGCUAGGCCGUUUGGUGCAGGAGGGAGGAGUGCGAGUGUGGGGGCUCUAAGCACGCUGCUGGGAAGGUCGAGAGAGGAGGGGAGGGUGAGAGAGGAGGGGAGGAUGAGGGGAGAGGGGAGGGUGGAGGGUAAGGGGGAGAGGGAAGGAGAGGGGAGGGGCAGUGUGGAAAGUGGUGUCAGUGCUGCUCCUGCUGCUGUUGCUGCUGCUGGUGGUGGUGGUGGUGUUGCUGGUGGUGGUGCUGGUGGUGGUGCUGCUGGUGGUGCUGUAGGGGGUGGGUUGAUGGGAAUGUGGGCGGCAGCAGCAGGGAGCAACUCUCUUAGCAGACAGCCCAGCAGUAGCAACUUCUUGACUGGUAACCGCGUAACGGACGCCGUGCGUGCUGGUUCGGAUGAUGGCAUGGGUGAUGGUAUGGGUGAUGGUAUGAGUGAUGGUAUGGGUGAUGGUAUGGGUGAUGGUAUGGGUGAUGGUGCAGGCGCUGCUGCUGGUGCUGCUGCUGCUGGUGGUGGUGGUGGUGGUGGUGUUGGUGGUGCCACUGCCGCUGCUGGUGGUGCUGCUGGUGCAGUAGCUUCCACCCCUCCUGGCACUCACCACCUCUUCUCCCCCACUGGUUCGCUCUUCUCCCCUGCUAGGAGGAAGAAGGGCGAGGGGAAGGGAGAGACGGGGAAGCAGGAGAAGGGGAAGGGUGGGGAGGCGGCGGGGGCGGUCGGAAUGGGUAAGGGCGCGCAGGGGGAUUUGACCGAGGAGGAGGAAGAGUGGGAUGAGGACGAGGAGGAGGAGGAUGAGGAGGAAGAGGAGGGGGAGGGAGGAGGGAUCGAUGCCUGGAAGCUUCUGGAGGAGGGGAAGGGAGGGGAGGGAGGAGGGAGGAGCAACCGCCGGGUGUCUCUAUCGGGCUGGCCGGGUGGGGGUGCGUUGGGUGUGAAGAGCAAGAGCGUGGGGGGGAACAGUGGGAGCCGGGACAGACGCAGGAUGAGCGUGAGUGGGGUGGUGCGUGGGACGGAUGCAAAAGCAGCAGUUGCUUCUCGAGUUGCUGCUACAGCUGCUGCUACAGCUGGGGCUGCUGUGGGUGGUGAGGAGGAGGAUGAUGGGGGAUGGGCACAGGGUGAGGAGGAGGAGGAUGGGGGAUGGGCACAGGUGCUGGGCCAGAGGGCGGGGGUCAAGUCCAAGGGGAGGUCUCCACACACCUGCCACACCGCAUCAGCCGCCAUGGGAAAGGGAACGGGUAGUUUCGGUAAGCGCCGCAACAAGACGCACACGCUGUGCCGGCGCUGCGGUCGCCGCUCAUACCACAUUCAGAAGAGCCGAUGCGGUGCCUGCGGCUACCCCGCUGCGCGCGUGCGCAAGUUCAACUGGAGCGUGAAGGCUAUCAGGCGCAAGACCACGGGCACGGGCCGCAUGCGGUACCUCAAGGACAUGCCCCGCCGCUUCAAGAACGGAUUCCGUGAAGGAACACAAGCACCCCCUCGCAACCGGGUUGCAGCCUCCUCUUAA